AUGUGCUUCUCAUACAAUGAACUUUACUCCAGUCUUAUCUUUUCCCAGCACUCUGUAGAUGCAGUGAAUGCUGGUGUCAGUCCUAUCGGAGACACAUCAUACAACUCCAGUCACUGGGACUUGGGGAGCUCCUUUUUCUUCGCUGGAACUGUGAUAACCACAAUAGGGUACGGCAACAUCUCUCCAAGCACAGAGGGAGGAAAGAUUUUCUGCAUCCUUUAUGCAAUUUUUGGCAUCCCACUCUUUGGCUUUCUUCUGGCUGGUGUUGGUGAUCAACUAGGGACUAUUUUUGUGAAGAGCAUUGCUAAAGUGGAGAAAAUGUUCAGGCGCAAACACAAUCAAAUAAGCCAGACCAAGAUUCGAGUGGCCUCUACAUUGCUCUUCAUCUUGGCUGGCUGCAUUCUCUUCGUCACCAUACCAGCCAUCAUCUUCAAGCACAUUGAAGGAUGGACCGGGCUGGAGGCGAUUUAUUUCGUGGUCAUCACACUCACAACUGUUGGGAUCGGAGAUUAUGUUGCAGGAGGCAACAGAAGAAUAGAGUAUCGUAAAUGGUACAGACCACUGGUGUGGUUCUGGAUCCUGGUUGGACUGGCUUACUUUGCUGCAGUUCUGAGCAUGAUUGGAGACUGGCUCAGGGUGCUUUCUAAGAAGACGAAAAUGGAGGUGGGUGAAAUUAAGGCUCACGCCGCGGAAUGGAAGGCCAAUGUCCGCGCAGAACUCCGUGAGACCAGACGCCGACUCAGCGUGGAAGUUCACGACAAACUGCAAAGGGCCGCCACCAUUCGCAGCAUGGAGCGCAGGCAGCUAGGUUUCGACCAGCGGGCCCAUUCCCUAGACAUGCUGUCCCCUGAACGUCGAGCUGCCUUCAACAGCUUGGACACCACCAAUUACAAAACAUCCUCCCAGGAGAGCAUCGACACAAAGCUCAACAACCUGCGUCUACGAGUUGAGCAGAAUGAGCAUCGGCGGAGCGACCCCAGCCAGGCGUACUCUGAAGAUAACCUUUUCAAUCGCCUUGGUUCAGUCACAAAACUAGCCAAACGGAACAGGAACAAAGAGUUGAGGAAAAACAUCCCAGACGACGGUCGGAAAGCCUUAGAUUCCUUCUCCUGUAAUACUCCUACAAUGGAUGAGGAGAAGAAAGAGGCCGAGGACGCGGAGCUUGAAAAAGAGGUCAACACCAGUCUGACCGACUUACCUCUCUUUGUGGAGAGCCCUAAUAGACAAAACGGAUUCAUGCCUCUACCGCCACAGACCAAAGAGGAAGAAAACGAGACAAAACUUGAAGAAAAAGAGUUCCAUUUGCAGAUUGAACCCUAG